AAAACAAAGAACAGACCAGUCUAGCAGACUGUCCUGCCUUGGCUGUAAUAGUGAAAAAGUAUGGGCAAGAAGCACAAAAAACAUAAAUCAGAGAAACACACAUACGACGAAUACGGCGAGAGACCAUUGAAACUCGUUUUGAAGGUGGCGGGGAAUGAAGUGACUACGGGAGGUGGUAGCGUGGAAAACGUCUUCGAAGAGUCUGUGGAUUACACUACGCCGCAUAAAGAUAAAAAGAAGAAGAAGAAAAAGAAGGACGAUCGAGACAGAAGCAACCCCGGAUCACCCAUUGACGAUAAAAGGAGAAAGAUGACCAAAAAGAGGAAAGGACAAGACCCUGUGGGUGCUGAUUGGGAAGACAGCAGGGCUUCUAUGCGAUCUGACAUGUCCCAGGACAAACCCAUAUCCUCUUUGGCAAAGAUAGAAGAAAAGCCCCAAACUCCUUUACAGGAAGCCCUCAGCCAACUCAUCCGGCAGCUACAAAGGAAAGACCCCAAUGCCUUUUUCUGUUUCCCCGUGACUGAUCUCAUCGCCCCCGGCUACACCAUGGUCAUCCGCAGGCCCAUGGACUUCAGCACCAUGAAGGAGAAGGUCAAGAGGGAAUAUUACCAGUCGUUAGUAGAGUUGAAGGCUGAUUUCAAGCUGAUGUGUGAGAAUGCCAUGAACUACAACAAGCCUGACACCAUCUACUACAGGGCAGCCAAGAAGCUACUCCACUCGGGCCUCAAGAUUUUAAGUCCGGAAAGGCUUGAUAGCCUGAAGCAGAGCAUAGAGUUCAUGGCAGACUUGGACAGCAAUGGUGGUCGAGAGGCAGGGGAUGGGGAAGGAGGUUCGAGCCAGGACCAAAGCCGAGAUGGCUCCACACCCAUGGACACUGGAGACCCAGCCAGGUCCUCCGGCGGACUCAACAAAGCGGCUGCAAGGCAUGACAAAGAUUCCAAGGAUGAGGUGCAGAAAGCGGUCUCUCAGGCGGAGAAGGAUCUGCAGGAGAUCCGCAAGAUCAUCGAGGAGUCGGGACAUAAACUCUCCAACCGAGAGCUGCAGGUGGAGCUGGAGUUUGAGAGGAGAAAGCAGGAUGGAUCCACAUCCCUGGCUAUCCUAAAUCCGGUCGACCUGAGUGCUGGAGAUCCAGGCUUCUGCCCUGUUAAGCUUGGCAUGAUGUCGGGCCGGCUGCAGAGCGGCGUCAACACCCUCCAAGGGUUCAAGGAGGACAAGAGGAACAGGAUCUCACCAGUGGCCUACUUGAACUACGGGCCGUUCACCUCCUACGGUCCGGCCUACGACUCCACCUUCUCCAGCAUCUCCAAGGAGGAGUCGGACCUCCUCUACUCCUUCUAUGGAGAGGAAUCCAGCUCGCAGGGCUCUGACAGCAUGGCUGACUUCCUGUCCAGGUCGGAUGAACACAUGAGUCGUCUUGGCGACCGCAUGCUGGACGCUCUGACUAAUGGUCAGCACUCCAAGACUCUGAAGGAGGCAGAGGCGAACAAUCCAAGUCAAGAGGCACCAGGUGAUGGCACAGCAGCAGCAGCAGCAUCAGCAGAUGAUGAGGUGGUGGAGUCUGCCCCCCGUCCAGCCAGCUCCCAGGACUCCGUAGACACCCUCAAAGCCCUCGGCCUGGACUUCCUCAUCCCCAAACUGGACUCCAAAGAGGCACGUGAGUUCCAGGAGAAGUUGGAUGAGACGACGCAGCUCCUGAGUGACUUGCAGGAGGCCCAGAAGGAGCGCCUCAGCACCCCCCAGCCCCCCAACAUCAUCUGCCUCCUCGCCCCCACCACCAAGGAAGUGCAGCUGGCUGAGAAGGUGACUGGGAACCUGGCCCAUCUGACCAGCCAGGUGGCGCCGGGUGACGUGAGCAGCGUGUACGGCAUCAGGAAGGCCAUGGGCAUCUCGCUGCCCUGCGACCUGGACGAGGCCCUCGUCGACCUCACCACAGUGGGAGAAAUGCCUGAACCAAUGGAGAGCUUGCCCGCAGUAAGACGGGAUGAGGUACCUGUCAUCACUGUUUAGUAACCCCCGCAAGACAGGACGAGGUCCCAGUCAUCACCGUUUAGCAACCCCCCUCCCCUUCUAACAUGCGCCUGGCCUCCCUCAUCCUCGUCUCAUUGCCAAGAAUCUUCUCUUUGUACAGUUGGUACUGUUUUUUUGUGCGACAUGUUUGUAUCAAUAAAUCUCUUUUGCAGUA